UUAAUAUUUGCCGGCGCAGGGCUCUGGUUGUUGUUGCUGCUGUUACUUUCAUUCAUAGAAAAAAACAGCGUCUUCUUGGCCAAAGUAAAUUUUAAAUUUACUUUGUUCUUGGCAAAAACGUGGUUGUAUAUUAAUUUAAAUUUAAAUAAAUAAUUAAUUAUUUCCAAUUUUUACACUUACCUCAUUUAUACGAACAAUGCCUUACAUAUGUUUAUUACAAGAGGGCAUUUCUAACUUGCCCAGUCAAGUUGAAAAGGCCCAUCGCUAUAAUUAUUCCGUGGUAGCAGUACCGCUAAAUUGUGUGGACAUGCCGAUGGAAUUUCAACGUGAACCCAUGAAAGAAAAACAAACUGAUUUUACUUAUUCGGAUCUAGUACUAACGGCCGAUCAAUGGAAUUGCAAAAUAAUAACUUUACUCUCAGACACCAUUGAUUGUGAUGCAGAUGAUGAGGAAGUGCGUAAAAAUUCAGUAGAAAUUCUAAAACGUGAUAUAUCCUGGACUGAGCAUUUACAAUAUGGUGGUUUUACUAUGAUGAAAUUGAAGAAAAGAAAUAAUAUUAAUUUGGCUUCGGUUUUAACAAAUAAAUCAAAAGGCAUUAUGCUCUUACAAGUUCCUUUAUUCAAUAAAGCCAUAGCUCAAUCCACCUAUCGUCGUGAUCUAACCGAAGAUGAUGUCUUAGCUUUAGAAACCGAAGACAGCUGGCAUUGGUGGAAUGAUUUUCGCCGUGCUGCUGAUUUUAAUCCCAAACUAAAAGUUGUACUUGAAUUAAACGAAGGAGAACGUCCCGAUAAAAAUGUUAUUUAUCGCUGGUUAGGUGAACCAGUCGAAGCUAUUAUUUUGCCUUCUACUAUGUUCAUAAGAAAUCGUUUUAAUUGUCCUGUACUACCAAAGGCCUGGCAAGAAGUUGUCAAACUAUUCGUACAAGCUAAUGUCAAUAUAAUUCUCUCCACCUAUAACGAUGAAUUUCACCUAAUUUUUUACACUGAAUAUUUGAUUAAUUUUCGAGAAACUCAUAAAGAUUCUCACCCUUUACAAAGUUAUGAAGAUGUUUUAGAGAUUCCCUUGCAACCUUUGUAUGAUAAUUUGGAUUGUUAUACUUAUGAGAUAUUUGAAAAAGAUCCUGUAAAAUAUAAGCUAUAUCAAGAUGCCAUUGAAGCUGCCUUAAAAGAUCGUGUUAAGGAAGAUGAAAUUGAAGAGAAAUUGACUAUCAUUAUGGUUUUGGGUGCUGGUCGUGGUCCUUUAGUUAGAUCUGCCUUAAAUGCAGCCAAAAACACCAAUCGCAAAGUAAGAGUUUAUAUCAUUGAAAAAAAUCCUAAUGCCAUACGUACUCUAACCGCUAUAGCCAAGAAAUUGUGGCAUAAUAAUGAUGUUCAUAUUUUCUCCAAAGACAUGCGUGAAUUUUCACCACCCGAAAAGGCUGACAUAUUAGUAUCGGAACUUUUAGGUUCUUUCGGUGACAACGAACUCUCGCCCGAAUGUUUAGAUUGUGCUCAAAAGUUAUUAAAACCCGAUGGCAUAAGUAUACCCUGUAAAUCGGUAUCAUUUAUUAAUCCAAUAAUGUCUUCAAAACUCUAUAAUGCUGUGCGUCAGGUAGCACGUCAUGAGCCAUUUGCACGUGAAAAACAAUCCACUUAUCAUACACAUGCCGAAAGUGGUUAUGUCGUAUUACUUAAGAAUAUUUACAAUAUCGAUGUGACUAAAGCAUUAUUCGAAUUUGUUCAUCCAAAUCGUGAGGCUGUUAUUGACAAUAGUCGUUAUAAGAUAUUAAAAUUUAAUGUAGAAUUAGAUUGUGUUUUGACUGGUAUAGCGGGCUAUUUUGAAUGUGUUCUUUAUAAUGACAUUAUAAUAAGCAUUAAUCCUUCUACACAUACCAAGGGUAUGGCCUCUUGGUUUCCCAUGUAUUUUCCAUUUUCGGAACCCAUGGAUAUUAAAAAGGGUCAAACUAUUGAAAUACAUUUUUGGCGUUGUGUUUCUAAGCAAAAAAUCUGGUAUCAAUGGUGUUUAGCCUCACCCUUUACUACACAUAUACAUAAUUUGGACGGCCGUUCUAGUCCCAUUUAUUGUACAUAAGUUAAGCUAGUAAAUCUUUAAUCUUUUUUUUUUUUCUACCCAGUAAAUAUAAUUAAAGCUUUAUAGUUUUUAGUUUAUUGUUUACUUAUACAUACUUCUCUGUAUUCUUAAGUAAUUUAGUUAACUAAAAACAAAAAUAUUAUUAUUCUACAACUGUUAUUUGCUUAUAAGUAAUGUUAUUGUAUUGACCAUCUUAUUUUGAUAUAAAAAUUUAACAAAAACAAUAUUUUUCUUGUAUAUA